ACGACUCUACUCCAGUGCUGCGAAAGACUGCAGAAUUUGUUUAUACCACUUGGAUUGACUGAUAAGAAAAUAAUCGAUUCGUGUGCUUCUCUAAACUUUUCCCCGUACUGUACCUUGCUCCUGAGCUAAAAAGCUGCCUCAAUCUAUACCAAUCUCAAUCUAUACCAACCGAAGAUAUCAAAUCCACGAAAAUGCUGUUCCCCUGUUCUGUUUGCGGGUCUGCAAAUAGCCACAGUUCACAUGCCACUUGGGACAUCGACUCGUUCUUCAAGAAAGUUGAGACAGGAGUACGUGUAAUAGGCGCAGUAUGCGAGGUUGUUGCAGCAGCAUGUGAUGCAGGUUUAGCAAUAGCCGAAGCUUUUGAAACUUUUGAAACAGAAAUACUAAAUGCAGAUGCCGUAGAUUUUUGCAGCCAGGUAACAGUCAAAGAACUCAACAGCUUCAUCGCAAAUAAAUUGCAACCAACUGAAGAAUUCAAACGGGAAAUGGCGACAAUCGUUGACGAUUUAUGCGAAUUCCUACGAAGACAAAUGAGACCCAGCCAAAUCAUAAAGGGAGGAUCACUUGGCAAAGGGACAUCGGUUAGAGGAAGGUGCGACAUGGAUCUUGUUAUGAUUCUCAAUGGAGUGCAUGAUGCAGAAGAUCUUAGAAGGCAACUACCGGCAAUUAAAGGUCAGAUCAAAGACACGUUGGGACGAUAUUCAGGAAAUAUCACCAUUGUUCCAGAUUCCCUUACAGACAAAAGAUUUCAUGUGAAGUUUUCAGUCGAAAGCAGACUUGGAGAAAUUGAUGUUGACCUCUUGCCCACGUUUAAGUAUGAAGAUCUGCACAAUCAUUACAGAAAUUUGACAAAUGACGAAGCGGAAAACAUUGCUUUUUACAGUGUGUCGUUGGUCGAACGGAGGGUGAAUUUUGUCAAAGACCGUCGACCCAAUGUGAAAAAUUUGAUUCGUUUGGUCAAAUACUGGAAAAAGGAAAUGGUUCGUUCUGACAAAAGAAUCCCGAAUUCGUACCUCAUGGAACUGAUCACGAUACAUCUUUGGGAGAAAAACGGAAGUUGUGACGUAUUUAAUAUGUUGAAGGCGUUCCACAGUGUCAUGAAAGCAUUGGAGAACUACUCACGUCUAAAUGUUUUUUGGACAACUAAUUAUUUUGAAAGUGAAAUACCAUACGAAGUUCUAUGCGAAAGACCGCUAGUAUUGGACCCAUCCAAUCCAACGAACAACGUGUGCAGUGAAUUUGAGUGGGAUGACAUCCAAAGAGAAGCGAUUAAAGUCCUACGAAGUCCCAUGUUGGAAGACGUGUCUUCAACUAGUUGGAAAUAGCGAUAAAAAUUGCAUUGGACCUAAACUUCAUUAUAACAUAAGUGUUAUGAACUACAAGUUGCAACCGUUAAAAAUUGUGUGUUAUUAAUGUCUAAUGUUUAAAUUUCUUUGACGUUACGUAGCUAUGUCAUGUUAUGUGCAAAAUCACUAUA